CGGAUGGCGACGUCGAAGCGAGGGUUCCGGUCGUCGCUGCUCAGCGACAUCAUCCAGAGCAACGAAGCCGCCGACUGGACGCCCGAGACGUCGCUCGAGUUUCUUUUGCACCUCUUCCCGUCGUCAGUCGUCAUCCCGGAGCUUGUCAAGACGAUCGAGUCGUUUGCGUUCCGACCGCCCGAGAGCAACCGCGACAGUACAUCCGUACCGUACAAGGCGCUCUACGGCGGGACGCAGCAGUAUACGUCCGACCAAACGGCCGCGCUCGGUCGCGCCAAAGCCGAGCUGCAAGAGAAGAUCGCACACAACGCUGCGUUGGACGACGAGAUCGCGUCGCUCGAGGCCGUGCUCUCGGCGCAGACGGCAUCCUUUAACGAGAAGGCGUGCAAAAAAGAGAUUGCGCUCUUCCAGCGCCGACUGGAUCUGCGCACGCGCCAGAGCACUGCGCUCACCAAGACGAUCGACGAAAAGCAGGACACGCUGCUCCAGCACGAGCGCCUUGCCAAAGAAGAGAGCCAGCGCAUGCGGCACGAAGACCUCAUGUACCGCCUCCACAGCAAGAAGCUCAAGGACAACGAAGUCGUUCUGCGUCAAUCGUUCAAGAAGGGGGAUUCGAAGCGGAAACUGCGGAGCCCCGAGGCGACGAUGGCAGAGCUCAAGCAGCAAAUCGCCCAUCUGCAAGAGACAAUCGCGACGACUGGUCCGCAAGUGCAUGAGCUUACGACAGAAAUCUUCUCCGUGCGGGCUGCGCGGGCCGAGCUGGAAGAACAACUCGCGGCCGUGCGCGCGUCGACCGAUGAAAUCCAAAACCGCGUCCUCGACUACAAGCAGGCGCACACGCCUCGUCCCAACUGGGACAAGGUCGCCGCGGAGGUCGAGUCGACGUUCAAGGCCCACAACCGCAAAUGCGCCCACCAAAAGAUCACGACGGACAACCUCUUGAAACUCAAGAGCUCUGCCGACCGCGUCAUGUACCUCGCCCACGCCGUGCAGGUCAUUGGCUUGGCCGACGACGCCGACGCAAUUGAUCGCGAGCGCCAGAUCUUGACCAACCUGCAAACGCAGAUCAAGAAGACGAUCGCCAUGAUCCGGUACCGAGAGUAAGAACGAUAUGCGGUGUGUGUACGACGGUCUCGUUGCAGUUCAGGAAUCUAAUUGCGACUUGCCACAACCUAUCUGGAGCUAAACAGUGUGUAAAUGAGGGGAUGGACGCAUGG